AUGGCACUUCUAUAUAAUGAGGGAUGUCCAAAUUCUGAAGAAGACUUUACCAAAUGCAAUAUGCUUGCAUGUAUAAUACGUGGGGGUAAGUUCAGAACCCAUCAUUGCGAUCCUGCAUUUAAAUCAGUUAACGUAAAAUAUCCUUCUAGAAAUAUUUCAAAUAAUCCUGCAAAAAAUAUAUUUACAUUUGAGCAUUCGACACCACCUAAUAGUUUUCAAUCUAAAGUAACUCUUCUUUCAAAUAAUGAUGGUGAAAUUGUGUUUCUAUAUGAAAAAUAUAUGCAAGAAUUUAGCUAUUCAUCUGAAGUAUUUUUAUGCCGUUUUCGAGAUAAAGACCAAAAAUUAAUAUUUUGUGAAAUAGUUGACAAAAUUUAUUUGGGAAAAACUCUUUCUUUUAAUUCUAUUGAUAUUAUCGAUAAAAAAGGAAGAGAAAAUUAUAGAAUUAGACUAAAAAAUUUAAAGAAUCCCAGACACAUAAGUCGUAUAUUAAAAUAUGAUGAUAUAUAUUUUAGUAGGGAUGCUUGUCAUUAUGUAGAAGAAGGAUAUUCUCAUGAAAAUAUUUGCAGAUAUUCCAUAUGUAGAAAGGAUCAAAAUGAUCAUACAUCAUGCGUGGAUGCUAAAUUUAAUGGAAAAUUGUUUCAUUUACAGAAACAUUCGCAACGUCAUGAAGGAAAGGAAAAAUUUAUAUAUCUCCCAAAAAAUUGCCUAAAUGAUGGUUUGAAAAUCGAUUGUACUCCUUAUUUAUGCGAAUAUGAGAGGCCACAUGAAUUAACGCCAUGCAAAAAGUUAGAUAUUAGUAUUGUGAAGAAUAUAAUACCACAUUCAGAAAGUUCGGAAGUGAAACUCACAAGAACUAAAAAUUUAGUUCAUGAAAACAAUUUAAACAUGUAUUCUCUUGUUGCAAUGUCUUUUAUUCCUUUCUUAAUUAUAUUCUUUUUCAUAGGAUGCUAUAUGUAUAAAACCAUUAAGAAGAAUAAAUCAAGAAAAAUAAAGAUGAGCUCUAAAGAACCAUAA